AUGAAGCGGCAGGAAAUCGAGGACAAAAGCCUGGGCAAGCGAGAUGAGCGAGUCUUCGUGCAAGAGCUGAUCCAUUCCCGCAAGAUAUUGGGCCGCCUCAUGAAAGCCAAAUGGGAGCUCGCCAACCUGCAGGAUGAGGUGAAUACAGCUUUCAUGGCUGACAAAAUAAUAGACCAGAGGUGUGCUGGUUCUAUGAUUAUGCACCAGUUGAACUCGCUUAUGCGUCUACCUGAGCUGGCGGACGCUAUGGAGGAGCUCGCCGAUGAGCUUAUAGAGGCCAGUAUUUUCGAGGAGAUUGUCAGCGAGACGUCCGGUAGCUGGCCCGUGUAUAUUGAUGACCAUGUUUUCGGGGAAGAGGUCGAUCGAGUGCUAGAGGAAAUUCUCAGAGACCGUUUGAUGGCUACUAUGACCGCUCCUGGCUCCGUCGUGGCGAACAGCCCUCAGUAUGAAGAGGAGCAGGAGGAGUUUGAGCAAGAUGCUGAGAUGAUGAUGGCCCGGGGGUGGAUGCGAAACAGGCUAGAACAUGAGACUUUCGAAGCGUUCUGUUUACAUUCUUGCAUUUUCUCUGCCGCUCGUUGGACUACUACACAAGCCACCCCGUCUGCAACGUUCUAA